CGCCUCAGAGGACGAGGAGCCACAAGAAGACGGAAUAUAUUUAUAAUUCUUGUUUAUUCCGCAAAGAAGAAACUGACACUCAGGAUGCAAAAGUGUAUCGGCGGAGUUUGUGCGUCUCUUAUUUUUUGCGCACUUCUCACGGAGACAAUCGGUAUGGUCAUUGCGGCAAAAGAGAAAAGAGGAUGGACGCUCAACAGCGCUGGAUAUCUCCUCGGUCCUCGUCGUAUUGAUCACCUUAUACAGAUUAAGGAUACUCCCAGUGCAAGGGGGAGAGAGGAUCUGCUUGGUCAAUAUGCCAUAGAUAAUCACAGGAGCCUUGGCGACAAGCACGGACUGGCAGGCAAGAGAGAAAUGCCCAUGGAAGAGGAUUUCAAGACGGGUGCUCUAAGAAUAUCAGAUGAAGAUGUUGUCCAUACCAUCAUAGACUUUCUUUCAUAUCUCAAAUUAAAAGAAAUCGGGGCUCUUGACAGUCUGCCGUCCUCUUUCACAUCAGAGGAGAUAAGUCAACCCUAACCAUCACCAAAUUUGAGCACACCUUGACCUCCACUUCGCCCGGCUGAACUCUCUCCCAUAGGCUGUAUUAUAUUCAUGGUCUUCUUCAGUGCACUGUUCUCAACAUGCUAAUCUGUUAAUAUAACCACGUAACUUUAAUAUAUAUAUAUAUAUAUGAAUAACAUGAUGGCUGAUGUGGAGAUGGAUUCAGAAAUAAAUUCAUAAAUGGCAUUUGA